AUGGAAAAUGUUGAUAAAGAAACAGAAUCCAUGCCUCAAAAGGAAAGACCAAUACGCCGCGGUCCCCGACCAACGAGCGUAAGUAAACAAGGAAGGCUGGCAAACGCACGCGAAAGGCAACGAGCGCCCACUUUAAAUAACAACAUCAUGAUUUAACGUCGUUUAAUUCCUCUGCCUCCAGAAGAGAAAGAACCUUCUAAAACAGAGAUAAUUUGGAUGGCGGCCUCUUACUUUGGUCGAUUGAUGUUGUUAUUAGAGGAAGAGGGAACUCAGACACAAGCAGCGCAGAAGAAUGAUGCAUAG